AUGGCACCUCUUACGGAUUUGCUCUCAUGUAGUAUAAUUGAAAAAGAUUCUAAUGGUGACAUAUUAUGGACGUGGUCCUACCCAAUCGUUUCAGAAUCGCAAAAAGUGGUUGUUGCAAGAAAAUGCAAUUUAGAAGUAGAACAUAAUUCUCCUCAAGUGUUUGUAUUCUCAAGGCAUAAGUACGAUUGGUUCUACAUACACUGUAGUGAAGUAUUUGAUUCGGAUAAGUUACCAAAAGAAUGUAAUGAAAACAUCCUAAAGUUCUGUUUAAAACAGGUGAAGCAGUUCGCGUUGGUCUUGUUUGCUAAAGACUUUAAUCCAAGAAAGUAUGAGGUAUUGUCGAGAGUCCUUAGCAAAAUGUACUGCAAAACUGGCAAGCCGACAGAGAUACUGCAGUUAUAUCUCUCCGUAUUUACAAAAGGAUCAUGUUCCACUCAGGAAAAUGGAACAUUUGUUUCCGAUGACUUUAACAGCCAUUGUUUUAUAAUAAGUACAAAUGUCAGAGAAAUGAUUAAAACAUUCGAGUUAGAAACAAUCUUAAUAUACACUGCUCUUCUUCUGAAGAAAAGGAUAAUAGUUUAUCAUCAUAGCCUAGAACAGCUUUUAAAAUGGAUUGGAAUAUUUCCUCUGUUGAUGAAACACCGUAAAGUCACUGAUAAUUUGUUCCCUUGGAUUGAUUUAAUUGAUGAUGAAUUGGCAGAAUUAAAGGGACUUUCACACUACAUUGCUGGCUGCAGAAACAGCUCCAUUUCGUCAAGAACAGAUUUGUUUGACCUGCUUGUGAAUAUACCAGCCAGAGAAAUCACAGUUGCGUCUCACGCGAAAGAAAGCCUGACAAUGACGAAAACACACAAGGAGAUAGCCCUAUUUAUGAUCCAACUGAGUGAGAAUCAGUCCUACAUUGAGAGCCAAAUAAUAUCUGAGAUAAACGACAAAACUCAAGACCUGUUGAAUCAGUUAAAAUCUCUAGCCGUAGUUCAAGGACCGGAUGGAAGGAAAAUGGUAUCGGCGCAAACAUUGAAAGAAAAGAACUUACCACUAGCGGUAGAACAUUUUCUAAUCAAUUUAGCUGUAGUUGAGAAUUUGCUUUUACUGUAA